AUGAGCAGCUCUGACGCGUCCAUCGAGAAGCGCGGUGCCGACCACGACGUCGUUGAGUCCCACGACGUCGAUGUGGCCGCCCAACUGGUCGCUGGGAGCGACAUGGCGGUGGAUCCUGCUGAGGCAAACAGAGUAAAGCGGAAGAUCGACCUCCGCAUCCUCCCCCUCAUGUGCAUCCUGUAUUUAAUGCAGUUUGCUGACAAGACCACGCUCGGCCAGUCUGCGGUCCUAGGAAUCCUCAAAGAUGCUCACCUCGGGCAGAACCAGUUCGACUGGCUGAGCACGGUGUUCUACCUGGCCUUCCUCGGCUUUCAGCUCCCGCAGAACUACGCCCUCCAAAGGUUUCCCGUCGGCAAGUGGGUCAGCCUAAAUAUCUUCGUGUGGUCCAUCGCACUCCUCUGCCACGCCGCAGCGAAGAGCUUCGGCACACUGCUGGUGUGCCGGUUCUUCCUCGGCAUCGCGGAGGGUGCGAUCACGCCAGGCUUCAUGCUUGUCACGUCAAUGUUCUACACGAGAGCGGAGCAGACGAGGAGAGUUGGCUAUUGGUUCUUGAUGAAUGGGACGGCGAUCAUCUUCCUCGGACUCGUCGCGUAUGGUACACUGCACAUCACGAACAGCGCACUUGCCCCCUGGCAAUGGCUUAUGAUCAUCACGGGGAUAAUUACCUUCAUCACCGCUAUCCUGUUCUGGGUUUUCUUCCCCGACUCGCCCACGACAGCAAACUUCCUGACGCAGGAGGAGCGCGUCGUCGCCAUUGAGCGCAUCAAGGUGAACCAGGCAGGCGUCGAAAACAAGCACCUCAAGCGCGAGCAGAUCGUCGAAGUCUUCAAGGACCCGAAAACAUACCUCUUCUUCUUUUUCGCAGCGAUCUCGAACGUCACCAACUCUCUGAGCAACCAGCGCCAGAUCAUCGUCGCGGAGUUCGGGUUCUCGGAGAUCGACACGACGCUGCUUGGCUGUGUGGACGGCCUCGCUGAGAUCAUAUGGAUCUUCAUCGGCACGAUGGGUGCGUCGUACUGGCCCCACGGACGCGCGUACAUGUGCUCGCUGCACUACCUCGUCGCAAUCCUUGGCGCGAUCCUCGUUACGACGCUGCCGUGGUCUGACAAAGUCGGCCUCUUGUUCUCAUAUUGGAUUGCAAUCAAUGAAAUCGUGCCUUUCGUUAUCUUCCUCGCCUGGGUCGGAAGCGUCACCGCGGGCCACACGAAGCGCGUGACGACCAACGCAAUCGUCAUGGUCGGCUACGCCGUCGGGAACGCCGUCGGGCCGCAGUACUGGCAGGCGAAGUACCAGCCGCGCAACCGCGUGCCGUGGGCGAUCCUCGCGGCGUGCUGGGCGGCGUCGAUGUUCAUCCUACUCGCGACGCGCUUCUACCUCGCGCGGGAGAACAAGAGGAGGGACAGGGAGGCACGCGACACGACGUACGACGAUGUGUAUGUUGCGGACGAGAAGGGCGAGGAGAAGAAGGUCGACAAGGCAUUCCUGGAUCUCACGGACAUGCAGAACCGUGACUUCCGGUACGUACUGUGA